GCAACAUUCAGAAAACAGAACUCUCUUAAUUCAGAACGCUGGUGAUCUCUUCCCUGCUAGGAUUACAGGAUUGACUGCAUGUGAAACAGAACUCUCUUAAUUCAGCACGCUGGAGAUCUCUUCCCUGCUAGGAUUACAGGAUUGACUGCAUGUGGAGUGGAGUGGAGUGUUUCUGAUUUGAAAUCUGAAAUUUCAGUACCAGCAAUCCUAAUCUGAAUUGGGACUCCAUCAGUGCCAUUUAGGAUUGCAGGCUGGCAGAACUCACUGAGGUGGGAAGUUACCUUAUGAGUGUCCAGUGUGGAGGACGUGAGAGGCAGUUGCAGAUUGCAGACUUGUUUCAUGGUGCAGAUGGAAAUGCUUCCGUAGACAAAAGGAACACUACUCCUUUAAAACCCCAGCGGUGAGGAACAGGAUGUUUUACCGUGACAUGCCACAGUCACGUGACUAACUUGACACGGUGCAGCAAGCUUCUCAGAAAGCAAAGGACGUUACUGUUAGCAGGGUUACUUAGUGACUCUGCCUGCCUUAAUGUUAGCACUCUGUUAAACUCAACAAGACUACUGGACAUUUCAGAAAGUUUGUAUUGAUCUCCUCACCCUCGUGGAGAUGACAGAUACCAUCUUUGGCAAUGGGACCGACCAAUGGGUUUGUCCCAAUGACAGACAGCUUGCACUGCGAGCCAAGCUGCAGACAGGCUGGUCUGUCCAUACUUUCCGGACAGAGAAGCAACGGAAGAGUCAGAGUUUAAAUGACAACGAGUUGGAGAUUAUUCUGAGAGUCAUAAAGAGAGCUGAAAGACUGGAGCAGAAUGAACAGCUCCGCAUUGGGAGGCUAGUGGAGCGUCUUGAGAACAUGAGGAAGAAUGUGAUGGGGAACGGCCUGUCUCAGUGCCUGCUGUGCGGGGAGCUCCUGGGCUUGCUGGGGACCCCCUCUGUGUUCUGUCAGGACUGCACCCAGUAUCAGCAUCCGAGGUCAUCAAUGUGGGAAGGCACGUGUCCAGUGAUUGGCUAAAACAGAGAAAAGGGGAGGUGAGGCAUGCCACCCAUGGCUAUUUUUUAGACGGCUUUACUCAGCAUUCCAUGCAAGCCAUCAGAAGAAAUGGAAAAAUAUGAUUGGCUGCUAGCCGCACUAAUCAUAACUACAGAGUAGACCAGAGUGGUGUCUGAGUAUAGAAUUUGGAUUGGAUGGCUGAUAACUACUUGCUCACUAAAUAUCUUGGUAUCCCUGUAUAGAUAAUUGUCGCCUCUUUAAAAAAAAGCAUUUUAAUGUUAAAUAUGAUCCUCUUACUCUAAUGCAGAAUGACUGGGUUUUAAAUGUUCUCUUCAUUUCACCCUUAAAACUAGGUUCCUGGCUAAGGACUGCCAAG